AUGCUUCCAGCGGCGCUUUAUAUAAGCGUUCUUAUCUGAUGAAUAUAUGGAACACGCUGAGGCUGAUUGUCGGUCACGUCAGAUAUUUGCAAAGCUAAUAAUGCUUAUGCAACAUUUGGUCAUAAAAAAACCAAUAAAAAAUCAAGGAAAAUCCGGUGAAAACAAAAAAUUUAGCCCCGCCUACAAAACCAAGCCACAUUCAAAAAUUUUGCAGAAUCUUGUAGAGUUUCUAAGCCCCGCCCACAAAACCAAGCCGCAUUCAAAAAUCUUGCAGAAUCUCAUGGAGUUUCUAAGCCCCGCCCACAAAACCAUGCCGCAUCAGAAAUUCCUGUGAAACUAGAAGUAGUGUCUCCUAAGCCCCGCCCACAAAACCGUGCCGCAUUCAAAAAUUUUGCAGAAUCUCAUGGAGUUUCUAAGCCCCGCCCACAAAUCCAUGCCGCAUCAGAAAUUCCUGUAAAACUAGAAGUAGUGUCUCCUAAGCCCCGCCCACAAAACCAAGCCGCAUUCAAAAAUUUUCCAGGUUCUCGAUCGACUUUGGACACCGAACUCGUGUUUUGUCAACAGCAAAUUCGCCGAAAUCCACGAUUCACCUUUCAAGUGAGUGUUUUUUGGCUGAAAAUUCUAGAAUCUGAAAUUUUUCAGAAACGUUUUCCUGAUGCUUUAUCCGAAUGGAACGGUUUGGGUGAAUUAUGUGAGUUGGAAAAAGUUUUUUCAGCCAGAAAAAAUCUGAAACUCUGAAAAUUUUCAGCGUGUCAAUGUGAAAGGGCCGUGUAAUUUAUCGCUGGAAUUGUUCCCGUUGGAUAUUCAGGAAUGCAAUUUGAUCUAUGAAAGGUGGGGGGAUUUUUUGGCGGGAAAUUUGAGAAUUCAAAAAAAAAGCCACGUGGAGAAAUUUUUAAUCGCGGGGAAAUUAUGAGAAUUUUCAAAAAAAUCACUGUUUCAAAAAUUACCUUCUGCGAAAAAUUGGUCUUCGUUGGCAUUCCCUAUUUUUUCCCUAUUUUAAUUCAAAUAAAAAUUCACUGUUUCAAAAUUUCUAGAUUUUUCAAACCUCGUUUCUUCAGCGAUAAGCUCAAACCAGAAUUUUUCGGGAAUAAUUUCACUGUUUCAAAAAAUGCAUAACUGAAAUUUAACAAGGAAAUUUUUAUUAAUUAUUUUGCUAGAAUAUUGCAAUUUGUUGUUACGAAAAAAUUUGAUGAAUUUUGAAUUUGGAAUUUUUGACAAAAGAUUGAAAAGCAUGCCACGUGGCAUAAUAUUGAGCGCGCGAAAUUUGAAAAAUAAACAGAAAUGAAUCUUAAAAUUUUUGUGCCAGGGAAUUUUCAAAAUAAAAAUAUCACUGUUUCAAAAAUUACGCAAAAUUUCUGCAAAAAGUUGGUAUUCGUUGACAUUUCUAUUUUUGAAAUAAAAAUUCACUGUUUCAAAAUUUCUAGAUUUUUCAAACCCCGUUCCUUCAGCGGUUAAUCCAAACAAGAAAUUUUCAAAAAUAAUUUCACUGUUUCAAAAAAUGCAUAACUGAAAAAUGAAAAAUGAAUUUUUCGAUGUCUCAUCAUCAUCAUGUAGACAUAAAAUUUCACUGUUUAAAAAUUUCAAUAUUUUUUUGUUAGAAUUUUGAAGUUUGUUCUUUCUCAGUUUUGUGGUUAGAAAAAUUCAAUUUAAAAAAACCUGCCACUUGGCAUAAAACUCGCGAAAUUCUAAAAAAAAAAACUGAAAUAAUUCCAAAAUUUUUGUGCCAGGGAAAAUUUCCGGAUUUUCAAAAUUUAAAAAAAUCACUGUUUCAAAAAUUCUAGAUUUUUCAAACCUCGUUCCUUCAGCGAUUCCAUUAAAGUUUUUAUUAUAAAUAAUUUUACUGCUUAACUGAAAAAUGAAAGCGAAAUUUUUGAUCUUGUAGACAUAAAAUUUCACUGUUUAAAAUUUUUAAAUAAUAAUUUUGUUAGAAUUUUGAAGUUUGUUGUUAUUUGGAAUUUUAAAUUUGUAAUUUUUGAUAAAAAAUUGAAAAGCAUGCCACGUGGCAUAAUAUUGAGCGCGCGAAAUUUGAAAAAAAACUGAAAUAAUUCCACGUGCAAAAUUUUUAUGCCAGGGAAUAUUUCGGGAUUUACAAAAUAAAAAUAUCACUGUUUCAAAAAUUACGCAAAACUUCUGCAAAAAGUUGGUAUUCGUUGACAUUUCUAUUUUUGAAAUAAAAAUUCACUGUUUCAAAAUUUUUAGAUUUUUCAAACUUCGUUGCUUCAGCGAUUCCAUGUAGAGUUUUUAUUAGAAAUAAUUUCACUGUUUCAAAAAAUUCAUAACUAAAAAAUGAAAGAGAAUUUUUCAAUGAAUUUUUCGAUGCAGACAUAAAAUUUCACUAUUUCAAAAUUUCAAUAAUUUUUUGUUAGAAUUUUCAAAAUUCAAUUUUGAAGUGUGUUGUUACGAAAAAUUUUAAAUUUUGAAUUUUGAAAAAAAGAAAGAAGGCCACGUGGGAUGAUAAUAUUUAGCGCGCGAAAUUUGAAAAAAAAACUGAAAUAAUUCCACGUGCAAAAUUUUUGUACCAGGGAAAAUUUCCGGAUUUUCAAAAUAAAAAUAUCACUGUUUCAGAAAUUACCCAAAAUUUUUACAAAAAAUUUAAAAAUGAACAAAAAAAAUUUCAAAAAAAAAUGCACUGUUUCAAAAAAUUCAUAACUAAAAAAUGAAAGAGAAUUUUUCGAUGUCUCAUCAUCAUCAUGUAGACAUUAAAUUUCACUGUUUCAAAUUUUUAAUAAUUUUUUGUUAGAAUUUUGAAGUGUGUUUCUGAUUUGGUCCACUGUUUCAAAAAAAAUCCAGGUGAAUUUUUGGCGGGAAAUUCUGAAAAUUCAAAUUUCAUGACUCCAGAAGUCCACGUAGCUUUUACAGGCCAAUUUCAAAUUUUCAAAACUCAAAUUUCCAGUUUCAAUUACAACAAUCAAGAAGUUCGAAUGGAUUGGCGGCCAGAAACACCGUACACAAUUCUAAAUGCGAUUCUACUGCCAGAUUUUAUUCUUUAUACAAUUCGAACCGAGCAAAAAUCUGUGGUGAGCUGGGAGCUACAGUAAGAUCUCGAAAAAAAAAUUAUUGAUUUUUUUCAGCCCUAUCCAGCUGGAAUGUGGGAUGAAUUACACGUGAAACUGAUUUUUGAGAGAAGAUACAUUUGGUAUUUUAUGCAAGCUUAUCUUCCAACUUAUCUCACCAUUUUUAUCAGGUAAAAUAAUUUUUUGAGGGGUUAAGGAAGGCUUCUAGGGGACUUUAGGGGCCUUUAGGGGCUUCAGAUUCUAAGAUGUUUUUGCUUCAAGAGUUAAAGGAAGGCAAAUCAAUUUUCAUUCUUCAAAUUUUAUUUUCCAAAAAUAUUGAAACCUAAAAAAUCCAUGAUGUUUUUCUUUUCUAGGGAAAAAAUUCACUGUUUCAAAUUUUUGAGAAAUAUUUUUGAAUUUACAUAAAGCCUUGAUUUGACGUGAGUGAUCUACUCGUAGAGGUUUAAAACUUUACUGUUUCAGAAAUUUUUCAGAACAAAUUCUGAUCAGAAAUCUGAAUUAAUAAAUCAUGGAAAAAAAUCAAAUUUUUCCAGAAAAAUUUGAAACCUGAAAGAAAGAGAUUUUUUUGAUAGAAAAAAUCAACUGUUUCAAAAUUUGUAGAAGAAAAAUAGGAAAUCAAAAAAUUCCCUGAUAACACGAAUUCACCAACAAUUUUUGAAUGUCCCUCCCAGAUUCCUUACCCAAAAUUAUUUUCCAGCUCGAUCUCAUUUUUCCCGGGUUCUGAAACCUACAAAAUCCGAGAAUUUUGUAUAUAAAAUUUACUGUUUCAAAAUUUUUAGAAAUAUUUUUGAAUUUUUAUAGAGUCUUAAUGCGACGUGAACAUCAUACUUUCAGAAGUUAGAAAAAAUUUACUGUUUCAGAAAUUUUUCAAAACAAAUUCUGACCAGAAUCCUGAAUUGAAAGAGAAAUUUGAAUCCUGAAAAAACUAUAUUUUUUGAGAGAAAAAUUUGCUGUUUCAAACAUUUUCAAAAAAAUUGUAAAUCAAAAAUUCCAUAAUCACAAACAAUAAUGGCUGAAAAUUAAGGUUUCCCAACCCAAAAAAAAUAUUUUCCAGCUGGAUCUCAUUUUCCUUGGGCUCAAAAGCAAUGCCAGCUCGAACAAUGUUAGGUGUCAACGCACUUUUGGCAAUGAUUUUCCAAUUCGGAAAUAUUAUGCGAAAUUUGCCACGUGUCAGUUAUAUCAAAGCGAUUGAUGUUUGGAUGUUGGUUUCGAUGUCUUUCAUUUUCUUGUCGCUGCUGGAAUUGGCUAUAAUUGGAUAUAAAACGAAGAAUGAUGAGGGACCAAGGAAAAAGUGUCCGCAUAAGAAGGUUGGGAUUUUAUUUUUGAAAAUUUUUGAAACAGUAGUUUUUUUUUAAUUUCUUUGAACAUUAAUUCUAUAAAAUUCAAAAAUUUAUCAGAAAGUUUUGAAACAGUGAAUUUUUUCGCUGACGAAAAAAAUUCCCCAAUUUUUUACGUUUCAAAAUUUAUAGUAAUACAAUUUUAAUGGAAGGUUAGUGCUAGGUUUAUUUUUGGUGUUCGAAAAAUUAUCAUGGUUACUGUGCAUUUUUGGGCCCCGAAAAAAGUCUCGGACCAAAAAUUGAGUUUUUUGGCUGAAAAUUAUUUGACAAAAAUUUCUCGUUUUUUAAAAUAUCCAAUUUAUUGAGAAUUUAUAAAAAUCAGAAAUUAUUUCUCGAAAUUUUGAAACAGUGGAUUUUUCUCUCUGAUUUUGAGGAAAAAAUUCCCGAAUUUUUUUAAGUUUCACAUUUUUUUGAAAAAUAAAAUUUUUUAUUGCCAAAUUAGUAGUGUUUUUGCAUUUCUUUUUCAAAAUUUUGAAACAGUGUUUUUUCUUUUUAAUUUCUUUGAACAUAUGUCUGAAUUAAAUUCUACGAAAUUAAAAUUAAAAAAUUAUCAAAAAAAUUUUGAAACAGUGAAUUUUUUUGCUGACGAAAAAAAUUCCCGAAUUUUACGUUUCAAAAUUUAUAGAAAUCAAAUUUUAAUGGCUGAAGAUUAGUGCGAAAUUUAUUCUCGUUGUUGGAAAAAUUAUUAUGGUUACUGUGCAUUUUUGGUGCUUGCAUUUUUACGCUGAAAAUUUCAAACUUGAGACAAAUGACUUUUUUUUGUUCACCGGGGAGAAUGUAUUGAGAUUCUAUGAAAAAAUAAAAUUAUUUCUGAAAAUUUUGAAACAGUGAAUUUUUCUCUCUGAUUGUGAGAAAAACAAUUCCCGAAUUUUUUAGGUUUCAAAUUUUUUUGAAACAGAAAUGUUUAUUCUCGAAAAUUAGUCAAAUUUCUUUUUUUGUAGUAGAAUUUCUCUUGACUACUGAAUAUUUUAGCACUAAAAUUGUGAAAUAAAAAACAUUUUUCGGACUGCAAUUUUGUUUCUUCACCAAACGACCUUAUAGCUGAAUAUUUUGAAGAACUCAGAUUUAUGGUAAAAAAUUUUGGAUCUCCAGAUUUAUUUUUCAACAUUUUGAAACUGUGUGUUUUCUCUUUGAAAUUAAAUUUUGAAAAUUAAAUGCGAAAAUUUUAAAAUGAUUGAAAUUCUAUGAAAAAAAAAUUAUUUCUCAAAAUUUUGAAACAGUGAAUUUUUUCUUGUGAAAAAAAUUCCCGGAAUUUUUACGGUUUCAAAAUUUUUGGAAAACAAAAUUUAAUCACUGAGGUUUGAUUUCUCAUUUUCUUCUUUUCGGAAUAAAAAACACGAAAUUCAGAAAAAAACAUUUCACGAAUUUUUGAAUUUAGUGUAUAUUUUUUCACUGUUUCAAAAAAUCAAUAUAAAAAUUGGUCAGAUAUUUUUUUUUGAUUUUUUUUUGAAAUGUACAAGAGUUCAAAUUUUAAUAAUUUUAAGUUUUUUCACUGUUUCAAAAAAGUUUUAUUGAAUUUUCAUUAUAAAUUUAUUUUGAUAACGCGACAUCGGAAGUUACGUAAUUCGAAAAACAUUGCUCAUAUGAAACUACACUAACCCUAGGCUUAUUUCGACUCAAAAUGUCCCCUACAGUAAUUUGAAGGAACACACUCCCCCUGAAAAAUUCUCAAAUUUUUCCAGCUAAUCGAUAACUUUGAAAGUUCCCCGGCCGGAUUAUGUCGAUACGAAAAACGUUUUAUGCUUCCGGUGGAACGUCGUCAAAUCGGUUGGCCCGCAUAUUUGCGUUUUCGAUUCUUGCGCGAUGUUUGGAACCUGUCGCCGGAGAAAAUCGACAAAAUUUCGUCGAUUAUGUUUCCGGCGUGUUUUGCCAUUUUUAAUGUGAGUUUUUUUUUUUGAAGGUUAAACUUAAUUGGCUUAUUGUUAGAAGAUUCGGGGGUACUGUAGGUCAUUUUGGCGCCAGAAAUUUGGGUUUUGAAAUUUUUUAAUUACUGGAAUUUCGAUUCUACUGUAGACGCAAAAUUUUUCUAAACUUUGAACAUUUUUUGAAACAGUAAGUUUUUUUUAUGAUUUCGAUCUCUCUCGUUCGAUUUUAUUCUAAAUUACAGUACCCUUAAACUACAGUAAUCCAGGCGGGCUACAGUACUCUCAAAUACCGUUUUUUUCAAAAAAAAAAUUCACUGUUUCAGAAAAUUUCCAAAAUUUUUGUAGUUUUUGGAUUUUCGAUAAUUGUCUUAGUUGUGAUCCUGUUCCAAACUACAGUAAUCUAACUACAGUAAUCUAUGUACAGUAUCCUAUCUACAAACUACAGUACUCUCAAGUACCAAAAAUUUUUUCAAGAAUUUUUUUUUCAUUGAAAAAAAUUCACUGUUUCAGAAAAUUUUCAAAAUUUUUGUAGUUUUCGAAUUUUCAAUGAAUAGUGUUCGCGUUUACAACAAGAAUCGAUACAGUACACCUAAGUACCGUACUUUAUUCCAAAACAACAUUUUUUUCCAUUUAAAAAAAAAAUUUGUUUCGAAAAAAUUCGAAAUUUUCUAGAUUUUUAAAAUUUCCAUUCACUCACUGAUCAGCGACAGAAUACAGUAAUCUAACUACAGUAACCCGAGAUACAGUACAUUUUUCCAGAUCGUCUACUGGUCCUAUUACUACAACAAAAAACUGGAAAAAGCGGCUUCGAUGAAUCUUCGCGAUCAACCGGAUGUCUAG